AAAAAUAAAUAUAAUUUCUCCAAGUUUGUGUUUGGAUUUUUUAGAUUUUUGUUUAAGGAAGUAAAAUUAUAUCUGGAAAUUGUAGCCAGAUACAUAGUAUAUCGAAUCGUGAGAAGACAUUAUAAAACAGGCCAAAUGAUAAAAAUUGAAGAACAAGAUGUGCCGGGUGCUCGUAAACGCAAUACCUUCCCAACAGAAGCGGGAGAUAUUAUAUAUCAGAGUGCAAUUUUAAACGAAAGCAUAGUUAAAGAAUACCCAAACGAAAGUUCGUUAAACCAUAUAGCUGACAAGAAGCAAUCGAUUUUAACAAUGAAAGAUGAGUGGAGCACAUAUUCUUCCAUCGGAGUACAACGCAAAAUUCUAAAAGAGAAUACAAACAUAAUUAAGGAUUUCAUGAAUUCGUUGGCGGUGCCGUCGUGGUAUCGAGGAGUUUCGCUGUUUCAAAGAAAAUCGGCCGAUCUCUUACUAAAUGCUAUACGCGAUGAUUGUGCUCAACGCACAGUGUAUCGAACGAUGAGGUGCUUAGAUUCUAUUGGUUUAGAUCCCUUGCCAACCAAAAAACAAUUGCGAACAAUUUUACCGCUUUGCGGAGGCAGUGAUUUGGCUUUGCUAUGGUUCUUGAUGGAGUGGUUAUAUCGGGACAAUGAGUCCGAUUCAUAUAGUGUCAACGAACAGCUAAUAAUGUCUAGCAUAGCACAUCUAGAUAUGAACACAACACUACGAGAGUUAGAUCGUAUUUUGCCACCCGGCCAAGCUCCAAAGCCAUCAAUGGUCCAGAAAAGUAGUAAGAAUUGUUCAAAAAUACCAAAUAAGACCAUGCAUCAUAAUAAUGGGAGUGUACUGCCGUAUUUCGAAAAAUUGCAACAACCUAAAUCAAGAAAGAAGAGCUAUUUUAGCACAAAACUGAAUCGAAGAGCGAUUUUGGAUUGUUAUCAACAUCAGUUCAUCGAUUCCUCACAUGUGAUGGUGAAUGAAAGCAAUCGCUGGUUCCAGGGUUACAACAUUAACGACAACAUUAACAACAAUUUCGAAGCAGCCAUGUUUGAUGAAAAUAAAGUCCAAACAAUGUACAGGCAGCACGAAGAUAUCGAUUAUUUAAGGAAUUCUUUUGAAGCUCAGUUAGAUGCAAUUGCCAAAAGGAAUGUUCAGGAGAUGAGAAAGAUAUUUGAGAAAAAACAUCAAAGUUAUAAACGUAUAAUUAAUCGACUUCAACAUGACAUUGGAAAGUUCCGUCGCGAAUUUCAUACAAUGGCUGAAAAGUGCCGUGAACAUUGUUCCUUAAAAUUACUCACGAAUAAAGUUCAGGGCAAACAAGUUAAUAAUAAUGACAUAAAAUUAAAUACAAAUCAGUGCGAUGGCCAUAAGGAGCAGCAGAGUGUCGCGAGUACAUGUACGAUCGGUGUGGGUAAUAGGAAAACACUAGCUCAGAAGUUUAGUUCAAUUGAAUCCAGUGAUAAAUACGACUUUGACUCAAAGUCAUCAGAAAAUGAUUCAAUGUCGAAAUAUUUUGUGACCUCUCUAGAGCACCAGCCUUUUAAAUUUGAUUAUUGUAAAAUAUUUGCAUAUAACCACAGUCAUCUAGAAUUAUUGAAAAUUCGGGAGUCUUCUACAGAAGCAGAAGAUAGCGAUAUAACCUUAUUAAAUCCAUUUCAAAAACAUUCCCCAGUCGAGUUGUACUGUAGUGAGGCUGUCGAAAAUGAGGGCAACAAUUGUAUUGAGUUUACAAGCAAUGGAAAAGACAGCGUCCAACAAAGUGUAGUAGAUUUUGCAUUAGAUUACUAUGAUCCAGACGAUGAUGAGCUAAUGGAUCGUAUGCUCAAAGAUGCAUUGGAAAUUAUGAAAAAUGACCAUAAAUUUGUAUUUGCCUCAAUACCAGCUGCUCAUCGCUUUCCUAUGCUUCGUGAAUGGAUACGUUUGAGAUACGGCAAGAUAUAUAAGAAAGAGGAACUGAAAAGAUCUUUUCAAAAAUCUCUGCCAAUAUUCGCUGCAUUAGCUAAAAUAGGAUUACCAGUCGAAUUGCCUUCAAAUGCUGAUAUGGGCAGCGAUUUAAUAAUGGAUUAUUCCUGUCGCGAUUACGUACUUCGAAAAUCCAACUAUAUUCGUAAUGAAUACUAUAGACGAAUCGAUAAAGCAAUGUUAGCUCAAACGCGCGCCAUUUACUUAGCAAUGCGGCCAUCUUUAUGUUGCAGUGGUUCACCUCGCAAUACAAUAUUCGCUUAUAUGCCGGCACAUAAACGAAAAAACUAUCAUUUUCGACCAUGGAAACCCGAAGAGUGUAUGAAGCGCAAACAAGUUAGCUAUUUCCAUACCUGGAAGUCUCACAGUCUACCAGCUAACAAACUCAAGUCCAUAAAUAACAGAUUAAAAAGUUCUCGAAAUCUUCAAAAUAUGUAGAUAACUUCUUUCAAGGAUGAUUGGAAAUACAUACCGCUCAUUUGCUGCAACAACGUCAUAAUUCAAAAAAGCCGUUUCGAGAAAAACGGCUUUGAAUGUUUUAUGAAAUUUUACUAAUUCUUAAAUAAAUUUUCAACAUAUCAUGAGAUUUCAGAAAUAAAACCUGAUUUAAAUAGUAUUUAUUAAUAUCUUUUUAAUCUGUAUAUAACCCAAAUUUUGACUUGUCAAAUAUACGAGAAAACAUGAAUUUUCAUUUUGACGUUUACAACCAAAAAAACACUC